GUGAGGGUGGGCGAGACUCUGCAUAGAUAAGUGUAUGCGCGUCCAUUAAAUCUCUCGGCGCUGCAAGCCAAAGCAGAUUGGGCCGUCACGAAGGUCAGUUCACGCGGGAGUGCGCGCCAAGCAACUUCGUCGGCCGCCAAAAGAGGACCAGGAUAGGCGCAGUACAGGACAGGCCAGGCAUGGUGGGGAGGUUGGGCAUAAGGAUAGAUAGGUCGUCACCCGGAUACAGACACAAAACUUUUCAGAGUGCCCCAGUCCCAGCAUCCAUUAGGCGUGAAAAACAUUUGUUUUGUAAAUAUUUCUCGCCACAUACAGAUGAGAUGUGGCAUUUGGAUUUAGAUUUGGACCUGGAUUUUUCAGUGUAAUAAUUAUAAAGUUGCAUAAUUCCCAACACGCAUCACAAUACACACACAAACGCACAGACCGACACAUGAAUCCAUGGAAAUGGGUUCCGCCGCAUCGAAUUUGGGCGUUGCAGUUGCAUAUUAAUGCAUUGCUGCCGUUUCGCUGGGCACUGACUUGUGGCCGCCACCAUGGAAACGUGUCGCACCUGUGCGAUUUCCAUGUUUGUAUGCGAUUCCGAAAAUGGCAGCAACAAUUUCUUGGAUCUCUACCAUCCCAAUUGCUGGCCCAGCGAGAUGGCCCAGAUACGACUGCAGUUUGUUAACUGGAAUCUUGAGAUCUCCCCAAAUGACGGCUUACCCCAAAAGAUCUGCAGCGAUUGUUUCGCUAAAUUUUGCUCCAUAAACGCCUUUCGAGGGGUCUGCCAGGAGGCGCAGCUGAAGUUGUCCAAUAUAUACGACAAAAUCGAUGCCAACAGCCUGGAGGAGGAUGAUCAGGGAGAUGCUUCCUCAGACCAAGUGCAAGAUGUGGAGGGAAUAGGACCAGACAUAACAACAACGACGGUUUCAGCCGAAACUCCACCAAACACUGCCAUUGAACCCAUAGAGAUUUUUGUGGACGAGGAGGAGGAGGAGCUGCAGCCAGACCUCGAGGAAGCCACUAGCCCGCAGCUGACCAUUAGUUACACCUGCAAGUUUUGUCUGCGGCCGCAGGAAAGCUACCAGCUGCAGCAGUUGCUCCUGGAGCACAUCAACACUAGCCACGACUCGGAGCAGCCGUACAAUUGUCCAGAAUGCGAUGCCUGUUUCCAGGAUGCGGCAUCCCGUACCGUGCACCUCAAGAGCUGUCACGUGGAGAAGCAGCACACCUGUGAGGUGUGUGGCAAGAAGUACGGCGAUCGGCACAACCUCCGUCACCACGUUGAAAAAUAUCACACGGACACGGACUUUGAAUGUGGCCUCUGCGAGAAGCGCUUCUUCACCCGGAAAAGCCUCAACUACCAUAUGAAGUGGCACAACCCGGAACGCCAGCUCAAAUGUCGUCAGAGUGGGUGCGAGAGGCUGUUCAUCAAUCAGCGCCAUCUGAAAUGCCACGAAGCCACUCACCUGGGAGCUAGCUCCCGGAAGAGUGAGCAUUGCAGCUUUUGUGGAAAGACCUUUAUUCAUCUGAAGACUCUUCGCUGGCACAUCUACCGACAGCAUGGAGGAGAGAAACCCUACAAAUGUGCCAACUGCACGGAGGUUUUUGCAUCCUACGCCGAGAAACGCAUCCAUAUGCUGGAGAAGCACAGGGAGAACCUAACCGCCAUCGAGCGAAGCGAGUGCAUGAUGUGCCGGCAGCACUUUGCCACAGAGCAGGACCUAGCCAGCCACAUGUCUGCGGAGCACCUUCAUCGACCAGGGAUGCCGGUGAUUGCCAACAACAAGCGUGUCCUGCAGCAGAAGCGGGAACGUCAAUACUCCGGACUCUUCCAGUGCGGCAGUUGCACCCAGAGGUUCAACAUGAAGUCGGCGCUGGAGCGGCACUCUGCCGUGCAUUCGGAGAAGGACCGCCCGCACGCCUGUCCCCAGUGCUCCAAGAGAUUCAAGCGGGUCCAGGACAUGAAGUGGCACAUUAAGACGCACGAGAAGGAGAAGCCAAACGUGUGUGAUGUAUGCGGCAAAUCCUUUGCCCUGAAGUACGUGCUAAACCAGCAUCGACGCAGUCACGAGGUCUUGGAAAAGAACUUCAAAUGCAGCAUUUGCGGAAGAGCCUAUUUAUUUGAAAAGUCCCUGCGACUCCACCAAAGGGUACAUACCGGAAAAACCUACUACAAGUGCGAUCUCUGCCAGGAACGCUUUGUCACGCACAUCAAGCUUAAAACUCACAUGCAAAAGACACACGCCUCUCAGCCCCCCUCUGAGGACACUCUCGAUGAUCUGAUAAACAUUGUGAUUUCCUAACCAAGAGGAACAGCAAAGAAUACUGUUAUAGCCAAGCACAUACAGAAACUGUUUUGCAUUCUGAGCCUAGCUCUCACUAAAUACUCACUAGCAGCAUAGAACUCGAGCCUAGAACUUAUAGACCACACCCUCCAUCCAAAGUUAGACCAUUUACUAGACACACAGGGAUCGCUGCGUCGUGAAUGAGCCGUGAGCUUUAUCUAGAAUAUGUCAUAGGAAAAUGUUAUAUUUUACUAUAUAUGGCCCGUAUCGCAUACGUAAAUACACAAAACUAUAUCGUCUUAAA